AUGGCGGCAGCACCUCUGUACUGUGUCUGCCGGCAGUCUUAUGACGUUAGCCGUUUUAUGAUUGAAUGCGACAUUUGUAAGGACUGGUUUCAUGGCAGCUGUGUCCAAGUGGAAGAGCACCAUGCCGUGGACAUCGAUGUUUACCACUGUCCCAACUGUGAUGUCCAACACGGACCCUGCUUGAUGAAAAAGCGUAACAACUGGCACCGGCACGACUACACGGAGCCUGACGAUGGCAGCAGGCCGGUUCAGGCGGGGACCUCUGUGUUUGUACGAGAGCUGCAGAACAGGCCCUUUCCCAGUGCGGCUGAGAUCCUGGUGCAGAUGCAGGGGCAUCAGGUAACACACAAGUACCUGGAGAAGCAGGGCUUCAGCUACCCCAUCGCCGUUCCCGAACUGGUCGGACUGGGUCUCAAGCUGCCCCCCUCCAGCUUCUCUGUCAGGGAUGUGGAGGAGUAUGUCGGUGGUGACAAAAUCGUGGAUGUCAUUGAUGUUGCCAGACAGGCAGACAGCAAAAUGAAACUAAGAGAGUUUGUCAAGUAUUACUACAAACCUCAUCGGCCAAAGGUGCUGAAUGUGAUCAGUCUGGAGUUUUCAGACACCAAGAUGGCAGCGCUGGUGGUGGUGCCUGAUAUCGCUCAGAAGAUGUCCUGGGUGGAGAACUACUGGCCAGAUGACUCCUUCUUCCCCAAGCCCUUUGUUCAGAAGUACUGCCUGAUGGGGGUGAAGAACAGCUACACAGACUUCCACAUAGACUUCGGAGGCACAUCUGUGUGGUACCAUGUACUCUGGGGAGAGAAGAUUUUCUACUUGAUCAAGCCGACCCAGGCGAAUCUUGCGCUAUACGAGGCGUGGAGUUCGUCCCCCAACCAGAGCGAGGUGUUCUUCGGGGACAAGGUGGACCAGUGCUACAAGUGUGUGGUGCCGCAAGGAACCACUGUCCUCAUCCCCACAGGAUGGAUCCAUGCUGUUCUCACCUCUCAGGAUUGCAUGGCAUUCGGAGGGAACUUCCUCCACAACCUCAACAUAGGCAUGCAGCUCAGGUGUUAUGAGAUGGAGUGGCGGUUAAAGACUCCGGACCUUUUCAAAUUCCCUUACUUUGAGGCCAUCUGCUGGUACGUGGCCAAAAAUCUACUGGAGACUCUAAAAGAGUUACGAGAGGAUAACUGCCAGCCCCCAGCCUACCUGACAGAUGGAGUGAAAGCCUUGAUUACUGCACUGAAGAACUGGCUGAAACGAGAGGUCACAGAGCCGGCCAGCGAGGUCCCGGACCAUAUCAGACCCAACCAUCUGAUUAAAGAACUCACAAAGGAAAUCCGCUACCUGGAGGAGGAGGAGCAGAGUGGAGGUAGCAAGCCAAUUAAAUCUCAGGGAUGUGGAGCGUGCCUGCUGACGCGGUCAACUCUGGACAAGGCUAGCCAUCAUGCUCGCAGGACAGCUAGGCGGCUACGGCACCACCACCAUCAUCACCAUGCGCCCAAGACCCCCUCCAACCUGGAGAUCCUGGAGCUGCACACACGACAGGUGCUCAAGAGGCUGGAGGUGGGACCCUUUGAGGAGGAUGUCGCAUUCAGCUCCACGGUGAUGGCCAAGUUCAACAAGGCGUCCAUGGCAUCGGCUGCAGCGGUGGAGCGGAGCCCGGACAACAACCUCCUACUAGUGAUGUGCAAUGGCAGGAUUAUUAGAGAUGAGCGUCGUCACACCAGGUUGAAGAGUAGUCUGGUGCAGGACGGUAAGAGGACUGGCGACCACCAGAGGGAAGGGGUCCUGGUGAAGACAGAGAUCAAUGACAGCAAGCAGGAACAGCACCGAGACCAAGAGAGAGAGGAGAAACCCAGCCCCCUCAGCAGUGAGUCUAACUGGUCAAGUCACCAGCUGUCAAUCAACGGUUUAGAGUUUUUCGAAAGAGUGAAUACCGAACUCAGGGAAGGAGCCGCGGUGUACUCCGACAUUUCAGACUCUGAGUCCAAAGAACGUUGCUCUACGCAGAAAAAGGACUCCUCAGGGGAAGAUUCGGGGAGCUCAGAGGAGGAGGAUAAGGAGCAAUGCAGGACAGAGCGAGGCACAGGCAGUGUGACGGACCUGCACCAGGCCAGCCAGGCCUUCCGCCACUUCCACAAACCACUCAAAAGACAACGCCCUACCUCUCCAACCACAGAAGAAGAGGCUAUUGAGGGCAUGCUGUCCAUGGCAGGGCUGCUUUAUCCUCAGCGACCAGAGGAGAGCAGCACUGCCCAGGAGCCCUGGUGGUCCAGGCCGGCCCAUCAAUCCCCCGACAGUGGUGGAAGAGAGCCUGUGUCAGGGGAGGAGAGCCAGGAUUCAGACAGCAACUCCACACUGAGCCUUCAGGAUGAGCGGAGGGCCCAGCAGCAUGUGCGUAAGGAGUGUCGAGCCGAGCUUAGCCAGCGGAUCCAGGAGAACAAGAACUUCAUGGACAGUCAGAGCAGUGGGAGUAACAGUAACAGCAGCGAGGCCUGGGGGGACCAAAGCCCCUCUCAGGCUGCCUCUAGCCCCCUCCACCUGGACCCCAGCUCAGGGACUGACUACCAGUACAGUGAGACCUCCCUGUCACCCCCCCGGCACCCCUCCAAGAGGCCCGCUCCAAACACCCCACCCAUCAGUAAUCAAGCGACUAAAGGAAAACGUCCUAAGAAAGGUAUGACCACCGCUAAGCAGAGACUGGGGAAGAUUCUCAAGCUGAGCAGGAACAACCACUUCUUGCUAUAGCACUUAAGACCCUGAUGUCUCCAGAAAGAACUUUGAGAAGGCACAACUCACCCCCCUGCCCAUAUACUGUUUCGGUUUUGACUCACAUUUUACAAAAAUCAUCACUUGGAUGGAUUGACCUGAAACAUUAAUGGCCACAUGCUUGAUGUGCAAGUAUUGGAUGUAGGGCUGUCAGAAUUAAUCAGUUAACUUGAGUUAACUUUUUGUAAUUUUAGUGCACUCUUUUUAUUUGUAUUUUUUUGGGGGGAUUAAUCGCAUUGUCUGAAAGCGUUCAAAAUAAACUGAAACAUUCAAAAUACAGAAUCUAUACAGUUAAAACAACGAUGCGAUGUCCAAAAAAGUUGACAUUUAGGUUGAAGAAAGUGUGCUUUAUCAAUUUACCUGAUUUGGCUAACUGUUACUUUGGACAAAAUCAAGACUUCAAUAUUCUUGUAAUGCUUUUUGUAUAAACAAAUUACAAUUACAGCUCAAUUUGAGCAAACUCUGAAUUUGCAAUUUAAUCGUGAUUCAUCGUGAUAACUCCGUUUAUUUUAUCGUUUGACAGCCCUAAUUGGAUGACAAGAUAAUGGAUUUACACAAGCAAGCACACAGUUUCCCACGGUGAAGUGAUGGUGCGCAAAAAAUAAAAAUGCAUGGAUCCUCAGCAGUGACAUUGGAUUGUAUAGGAUCCUCAGCAGUGACAUUGGAUUGUAUAGGAUCCUCAGCAGUGACAUUGGAUUGUAUAGGAUCCUCAGCAGUGACAUUGGAUUGUAUAGGAUCCUCAGCAGUGACAUUGGAUUGUAUAGGAUCCUCAGCAGUGACAUUGGAUUGUAUAGGAUCCUCAGCAGUGACAUUGGAUUGUAUAGGAUCCUCAGCAGUGACAUUGGAUUGUAUAGGAUCCUCAGCAGUGACAUUGGAUUGUAUAGGAUCCUCAGCAGUGACAUUGGAUUGUAUAGGAUCCUCAGCAGUGACAUUGGAUUGUAUAGGAUCCUCAGCAGUGACAUUGGAUUGUAUAGGAUCCUCAGCAGUGACAUUGGAUUGUAUAGGAUCCUCAGCAGUGACAUUGGAUUGUAUAUGAUCUGGCCAUCAAAAGAGCUAUGUAGUAAACAUGGCUUUGUUUCAGAGUUGAAGCACCGCAACAACACUGGAUUGUCCAAAGAUGCAUGGCAGUGGGAAUUUAAAUGACGUUUGAUACAACAACAUCUGCAUCUGAGCCACGCACUGUGGUAUCUAUUUUGACUGGUGUAUUUUACUUAAGGCUUGCACUAGCCCUUCCAACCAACACUACUUGUUAUGCCACAACAAGCAAAUAAUGUUGUUUAAGCCAAGAAUGGCAAGCUUUCUGCUACCAGAGUUUUCAUCACCUCUCUUUGGGACAUUGUCUUGAGUUGGUUUGGUCUGACUUAAGAGCAAGAAUGAUGCUAUGGUGUUGGAACUCAUUUUAAAUGGUGCUGAAGUGCAUAUUCAUGAUAUCCUUUCGUCUACCCUCUUGUUACAAUCACACCAGUGAUUGAAUUUCAGAGGGGGGGAUAUUUUGAUGCAGUUUACUGAAGGGGUUACGACUCCUUAUUGCUCUUUAGUUGGAUCACUGACCAUAUCAAAUGUGUUCCUUUGGUGCCACCUAUUGGUCAAAGGAGGGCAGGAGCAUUGAGAGUGCUGUUAUUAUGAAAUGUUUCUGAAAUUGCAAAAAGCUAUCAAGUAGCAAAUGUACUGAAUUUAUUUACAGAAAAUAUAAGUUAUCCUUAAUUUAUUUCACUUUCUCUUUUGGUGUUUGUGUUUUAUUGUUAUUUUUCUUUUAAUGGUUUUGAAUGAUGUGAAAAAAGUUAAUAAUGGCUAUGAUGUGACAAUGACAAUACUGUUACAAUGGUUAAUGUAACGGGUGUGUGAUUUAUGUUUUAUAUUCGCAAACCGGUUGUAUAUGUUGCCUCUAUCACAUUUGUAUGGGUGGAUUUAAGCAAAAAUCUACUAACAUGUGGAACUAAAUUUGAUUUAAAAUGUUUGGGAGAUGAUACACAUUUCUUAUCUUCUAGGUCGGCUAAGAUUGAAGAAAAAAAAAGAUCAAAGAAUAUUUGUCUUACUCAUUUGUAUGAAUUUGAAAUAAUAUUUAUUUUUUUAUAAAUGUGUCUUUAGUGACCCUGAUAACUUUGCAAUUGUACAAAGUGUAUGUGAGAAAUGUAAUUAUGGCUACUGAUCCAGUUAUUGUUAGUGUAUGUUUAUUUUCCCUGUCACUAUACCCUUAUAUUGGCUUGAAAGACCUCGGGUUGGAUUUUGAAUUGGUGGUCUUUUGUUGUUGUUGAUAAUGCCAAAAAUGUGAUUACCAUGAAUAGGCGAAGUGAGAGAUUGCUCCUGUUGGUGUCUUUCUAAGGGACCCAUUCUCUUGACUUAAGAAACUUUUUUUUAUUGUUUUCAUAAGCGACAUGAAAUGACCCAUCAUCUCGGACACAUUUUCUGAUCAUUCAUUUUAUUAACAUUUUUAUGUCAUUGGUAUUACAAGUGCCACCAGGAAACCCAUUUAGUUGUGACCUUGACUCCUUUUUAUGGAAAUUGAAUUAUGCUGCCUGUC